UUCGACCGUAUUGAGAAAUAUCUGAGGAUGGAUACAUAUCAGAUAAAUUUAUCUUACCUCUGGUGAACAAUUCCUUAUCUUAGCUACACUGAAUAUGUGAACAAGGGAGGGAACAAUCACAGAGUUGGAGAAAUUCCAUAGAUUAGUCUUCUAUAUAUUCCACGAUAGAUUUUAGGAAUUGUGUAACUUCCAAAUCACCUGUCACAUUUUCUCUUCUGUAAAAAGAAAAUAUUAUACAUGUGACUCUUAUCUAUCCGUUACAACCAACUGAAAGAGAUAAAAUCUUCAAACUUUAUACUUCUUUGAUUAAGUUAGCCAGGAAUAUUCUCCUCGUGAGUGGAUCAAAUGCUUAUUACAUCUGUGAAAUUUAUACACAUGUUAACUUGUUCCCUUCGGCUAAAAAAUAUAAUGUCUAUUCGCUUUUAUUAUUGUUAUUUCAAAGCCCGCCUCAGUAACGUACGACACGUAUUAGCCGCAACGUUUACGCAAAGGAAAGUCUACCAAUCACAGUGUGCGUAAGUGACCUUCAAGUGCUCAGCCUCUCCGUAAGCCAUUUGUGCCGCUAUCCUCUGUCAUGGGUGAAUGAUGGAAGAUUGCCUUAGUGGUACUGUUACAUCUGCGCAUUUUCAAAGAGAUGCGGAAGAAGCAACUGCCAACGUGCCAUCGUUGCCAGGAAAAACAGGAUUUUAUACAAUGGCUGGAAUUCUGGAUUUCUUGCAACUGGAAUGGUCGAAAAUGCAGUUAGAACGCACACAGUGGGAUGUAGAAAAAGCAGAACUACAGGCAAAGAUAGAGUUUCUACAAGGCAAGUAUGAAGGACUUGAAAACUUGAGAUAUAAUCUCAUUCGUCGAAUUAAAAUGCUGGAAUAUGCUUUAAUUCGAGAGAGAAGUUGCAAGAAUCAAGAAGGCCUUUCCAAAGAAAAUGAAGAAGCCAUAAUCAACAUGCAUUUUUCUAGAUCCGAAUCUAUUUCGGAUCAUUUAAAAAUAAAUACGAGCAGCGAAUGGCAGAAUGAAAAUGGUCAACUAAAUAAGUAUCUUGUUGACUCCUCCUCGUUCAGUGUUUCACCGGGUUUUGGUAACUCGACGGUGUGUAAUUUAUCCGAAUCAAGUUCACUAUUCGGUGAGGGCCCCGAACAGGAAGAGCAUCCUAUGAAUGUGUCGCCUAAACAUGAUAAUUCUGAGUCGAAAGUGUUACGAAAUCCAUUGGAACUUGCUAACGAUCGUUGUAAUCUAGAUCACAAUAAACUUCUAAACGACGACUCGCUUGACUUUAAUUUUUCUAAAAGUUCCAGCUUUGAUUAUUUAUCCCUAAUGAAUGAAUCCGAUCUAGCCUUAACAAUAGAACCUCAAUGUAUUACAGACCCUGAGACUGCUGAAGCGCUUUUAGAAUUUGAACAACUUGUUGCACAAGGCACGUAUUUAGAUAAAAACUCUUUAACAGAUCAUGUGAAUACCAAUCUUGUAAAUAGUAUCAUCAAGUCGAAUGAAUCUACACAUAAGGAUUGGGAUAAUUUGAAUGAACAAGAAUUAUUACAACGUUUCAAAGAACUAUACAGAGCUGAUCGUUUUCAAGGCACUUCAAACAACACACAAGAUACCGAUGUGAAAAUAACUUCACUUAAUAAAGAUGAUUCAAGUAAUAAACAAUCCAGUCGGUGUAGUCAACCUACAAAUUUUGAUGCGCCUGAAGAUGAAUUCAGCAAUAUUCUGCCUGAUUUUGAAGUUAUUAUCAAUGAGGAAAGUAGUAGACAAAAUAUGUCUAAAAAUGAUUUGUUGAAUAAUAAUAAUAAUAAUACUGCGACAAAAGUAUUGUCAAAGAAUAUAACUGAAACAAAAGAAUCAACUUUAAGACUAGAAGAUUUGGCCAGUCUUACUACAAUGGCAAAUGAAUUAGAUUCUAAUCAAGCGCGUGCAGUAGCCGUAGCAAUGGACAACUUAGAUGGUAUGGGAGAGUGUAUAACAAAUAAAUCGAACGAGAAAGUAGUCGGCAAUAAUUCAACAGUAAAUACAAGCUCAACGCAAAAACCUACAAAUUGGACAGCCAAGUAUACAUUACGCAGUCAUUUCGAUGCUAUUCGAGGUAUUGUUUUCCAUCCUACGGAACCAAUUUUGGUUACAUGCAGUGAAGAUCAUACACUGAAAUUAUGGAAUUUAAAUAAAACUAUUCAAACCAAGAAAUCCUCUAUGUUUGAUGUUGAACCGAUAUACACAUUUCGUGGACACAAUUCACCAGUCUUAUCAGUUACUAUGCUUGUUGGUUCAGCGAUAGGAGAGAAUACAUGUCAAUCUGGACUACUAUCGCCUGCUUGCAUAUAUUCUAGUGACUUAUCAGGUUGUAUACGUAGUUGGCAUGUAUCCAGUUUACAAAUGGAUCCUUAUGAUACCUUUGAUUUAUCAGUAAUGGGUCGUUCUCUUGAAGGUCAUACUGAUGCUGUUUGGUCGCUGUGCUCCCGUUAUGAUGGAUUACUGCUAUCAACUUCAGCCGAUGGAACUUCUCGUCUUUGGAAAUUACGUCCAGAUUCAUACUAUUCUUCUGAUGUGUAUUUCAUCAGUAACAUGUUAAAUAAAUACGAUGGUCUAUCUCCACAGAACUCAGUUCCUACAUCUGCUACAUUUUUAUGGACCAAUCAGAUGUAUUUCGCUACGGGCUUCACUUCCGGUCAUUUGUGUAUAUUCAACUUGGAAACUAAUCAAAUUGUUAGAAGUUUUCAAUCAAUAGAUAUAAAUGAUGCUGUUUCAAGUAAAACGGUUUGUUCAGUGAAUUCUAUCAUUUCGCAUCCUCAUCUCCCAUUAAUAAUCAGUGCUCAUGAAGACCGUCAAAUCCGAUUUUGGGAUUCACUCAGUGGUAAAUGUGUUCAUUCGCUAACUGCACACUUGGAUGCAGUAACAACAAUCAGUGUAGAUGCUAAAGGAACAUCACUUCUUUCAGCAAGUCAUGACUGUUCAAUUAGAAUAUGGGAUAUCAAUACGAAAGUAUGCGUUCAGGAGAUAACUGGUCAUCGGAAAAAGUUUGGUGAAGCCAUCAAUUCCGUUGCAUUUCAUCCAACACAUCAUUAUAUGGCUAGUGCAGGAUCAGAUGCAUUAGCGAAAGUAUACAUAUGACUACUAGCAAGAGUUGUGUAAUAAAUUAACCAAGUACCGUUACUCAUUAACACUGAGAUGUACAUAUUUCCGUUUCUUUCGUGUUAUGCCUUCAGUUUAAUAAUAAUAUUCAGUUAGUUUCAAAUAUUACUUCAUGACAUUGAAUUGUGCUGAAUGAAAUACAGCAACUUAAUUUAUCAUAAUAUUGACUACCAAAUAUCUUUUGUAACUUUACUUUACACUAUAAUAUACUAAAUCUUUUUUUACCGGUGACUGUAUCAUACUCCAUUUACUUCUGUACAAUACCAUUUCAUUUCUACUAUAAAUAAUCAAUCACUCGC